UAGCAACCGGAGCAGUGACAGUAGCAACCGCCGGAAUGGCAAAAGCAACAACAAUUAAAGAAGCCCUAGCCAGAUGGGAAGAGAAAACUGGUCAGAGGCCAUCUGAAACCAAAGAGAUAAAACUUUAUGCCCAGAUUCCCCCAAUAGAGAAGAUGGAUGCAUCCUUGUCCACACUGGCUAAUUGCGAGAAGCUUUCACUGUCUACAAACUGCAUUGAAAAAAUUGCCAAUCUGAAUGGCUUAAAAAACUUGAGGAUAUUGUCUCUAGGAAGAAACAACAUAAAGAACUUAAAUGGACUGGAAGCAGUAGGAGAGACAUUAGAGGAAUUGUGGAUCUCCUAUAAUUUUAUUGAGAAGUUGAAAGGAAUCCAUGUAAUGAAGAAAUUGAAGAUUCUCUAUAUGUCUAAUAACCUGGUGAAAGAAUGGGCUGAAUUUGUGAAGCUGGCGGAACUGCCCUGCCUUGAAGACCUGGUGUUUGUAGGCAAUCCCUUGGAAGAAAAGCAUUCUGCUGAGGGCAACUGGAUUGAAGAGGCAACCAAGAGAGUGCCCAGACUGAAAAAGCUGGAUGGUACUCCAGUAAUUAAAGGGGAUGAGGAAGAAGAAAAUUAAUGCCAUAUUUUCCACAUAGUGUUAACUUAUUUAAAUGUAAUGAGAACAAUAGAUAAGUUUUGUAUAAUUGUCUAUUUUAAAGAUUCUGUGUGGGGCAAAAAGUUCCUAAGAUAAAACAAAUCUCUCCCCUCCAUCCUUUUAAAAACCUAUUUGGUGUUGCUUCCCCAAACCAUGACACCAACUUUGUAUAGUCUAGUUCUUGUUUUCAAAAUUACAAAUUUUCCAUCUUUGUCUUCAGUCCCAAUUAUAUAUUACGUGGCCCCAUCUACUGAUAUUUGUAGACCAGUCAUUUCUAAUAGCAAAGGAACAAAUGUUCUUUAUUCAAUUAGUUUACUAUUUUUAGACUGGGCAUUUUAAAAGAUACACUUUUGAAUCUGUAGAAGGUCCAUCUCCUUACAACAUGAACGUAUCAUGCCUUUGGUUUAAAAGGCAGCAUGGUGAUGGGAAGAGUUCCUCUCAGAACUGCAGCACAGCCCUGGAACCAAGACUCCAAAGUCCCAGUUGGAAACACUAUGGUGAAAAAGGGAAGAUUAAUAUCUUGGAGGCCUUCUAGCUCAUGUUAUAUUUACUUACUUGCUUUUCCAAAAAUGUGUACUUUGUCAACUGGAAUUUAGGUUGUCUUUUUAUACAUGACCACUUGAGUUACUGUGUACAAUCAGUCAUUCUGUGAUCAAGGUCAGUGGUUAAAAUGACUCUCAUGAUCACUUCUUUGACCAGAAAUGUGGCCAUGUUACUCAGGUAGGCCUGGCCUUAAGCAUACUUUUUGGUUUAUAGUUCUUUAUAUGUUUAAAGCAGUGGUCAGUAGUCCUAGCCUAAAUAUAGACCAUUGAUAUACAUCAAAAUCUGUCCCAAUUAUUUGGUCUAAUGACCCCAUUGUUAUGGUUAGAAGGGUACAGACUUAAAUAUUGAAUUGAUAUUUCUCAAUAAAAUGAAGCUUAGUAUUUCAAAUAUAUUUUUUGAGAAGUUCUAGGUUAAACAGCUUGUAGAGUGUAUUAUGUAAGUGAUUGUAGAGGGAAAAGAGAAGAGAUGUUUCAGUAUGGGAUCCCAGGCAAAUGGCAGUAUGUUUGAGGAUUGCCUUCUAUAUGAAGCAUUGUGGAUGACUUAACCUCAAAACUGCAAAGCAAUAGUUAGAUGCAGAAAUUAGGAGUUGUCAUUCAAGAAACUUUUUUUCUGGAAAAUGCAAGAUAUUAUCAGUAACCAGAGGAAGUCCAUAGCAGGCCAUGACUGAAUCACUAAUAAAUUACAGAAAAGAAGUCAGGGGCCCCCUGCCAAAUUGUGCCUAAAGUCUCUCAAUCAGAGACUGUUAAUUCUUGUUUCCCCAUCUACUUGUGUGAUUUUAUUUACAUGAAAUCACAUCGAAAGAGGGGAGACA